GAUGCGCUUCUCCCCUCGCCCGGCGGCCGCGCUCGGGACGAGGCUUUCCGGGGGCUUAAUCGGGACUGGACUUGGGAAAGACACGCUUCUCCCGCGAAGGCUUCUUGGGGAAUAGAGGAGCCGCGCGGAGUCCCUCGACUUCUGGAGCCGGAGGGAGGCUCUGCCGCGGAACAGCUGUUUCCCCGCUUGCCACGCUUCCCUUCCCUCCUCCCGUCCCCUUUUAGGACGCCGGGAUUCGGGACCUUCUCUGCCGCUGGGGUGGCUGCCGCAUGACUUGUCUUGGGGGCCGCUGCGGGCGCCCUUCUUCUUCCUCCUCCUCCCUCCUCGCCCCCUGCCUCGUUCUACCGGGUCGGCAGCCGCCCGUUGCGAUAGCGGCGGCCGCCCCUGCCCCGCUCUCCUGCCACCAUGGCCAGCCCCACGGAGGCCAACGAGAGCUUCUUCUCCGAUGUCAGGAAGGUUGGCUACUUGCGCAAACCCAAGAGCAUGCACAAGCGCUUCUUCGUGCUCAGGGCGGCCAGCGAGUCGGGACCCGCCCGUCUGGAGUACUACGAGAACGAGAAGAAAUGGAGGCACAAGUCCGGGGCCCCCAAGCGCUCGAUCCCGCUGGAGAGCUGCUUCAACAUCAACAAAAGGGCGGACUCCAAAAAUAAGCAUCUGGUGGCUCUCUACACCAAGGACGAGCACUUUGCCAUCGCUGCCGACAGCGAGCCCGACCAGGAGAGUUGGUACCAGGCGCUGCUGCAACUGCACAACCGGGCCAAGAGCCAUCACUACCAGCACCACCACCACCAUGGGGACGUUGCGGUUGGAGGGGGGAGUGUCGGGGUGGGAGAGGCGGGGGAGGAGAGCUACGGGGAGAUGGCCCCUGGCCCGGCCUUCAAAGAAGUUUGGCAGGUGAUUUUGAAACCGAAAGGUCUGGGCCAGACCAAGAAUUUGAUUGGUAUCUACCGCCUGUGCCUAACCAACAAGACCAUCAGUUUUGUGAAGCUGAACUCUGACGCUGCCGCGGUGGUGCUGCAGCUGCUCAACAUACGGCGCUGUGGCCACUCAGAGAACUUUUUCUUCAUUGAGGUGGGGCGCUCUGCAGUCACUGGACCAGGUGAGUUCUGGAUGCAGGUAGAUGAUUCAGUGGUAGCACAGAACAUGCACGAGACCAUCUUGGAGGCUAUGCGGGCUAUGAGCGAGGAGUUCCGGCCCCGUAGCAAAAGCCAGUCUUCCUCCAAUUGCUCCAACCCCAUUUCUGUGCCUCUCCGCAGCAGGCAUCAUGUCAACAACCCCCCGCCCAGCCAGGUGGGGCUCAGCCGUAGGUCCAGGACUGAGAGCGUGACUGCCACCUCUCCUGCUGGCAGUGGUGUGGGAGGUGGAGGAGGGACGGGCAAGCCCAAUUCUUUCCGUGUCAGAGCCUCUAGUGAUGGAGAAGGUACCAUGUCCAGGCCAGCUUCAGUGGAUGGAAGCCCCGUGAGUCCAAGUGCCAACCGGACCCACUCACAUAGGCACCGUGGAAACUCCAGGCUUCAUCCUCCUCUCAACCACAGCCGCUCCAUCCCAAUGCCUACUUCACGUUGCUCCCCUUCUGCCACGAGUCCAGUCAGCCUGUCAUCCAGCAGUACCAGUGGCCACGGCUCAACGUCUGACUGCCUCUUUCCACGUAGGUCCAGUGCUUCAGUUUCUGGUUCCCCCAGUGACGGGGGCUUCAUCUCCUCUGAUGAGUACGGAUCCAGCCCCUGUGACUUCCGGAGCUCUUUCCGCAGUGUUACCCCAGACUCCCUGGGACAUACCCCACCUGCCCGGGGGGAGGAGGAGCUUAGCAACUAUAUUUGUAUGGGGGGUAAGGCUACUUCAUCCUGCUGCAAUGUCACAGCCCCUAAUGGUCAUUUCACCCCCCGCACCUGCCAUCCUCAGCAGCAGACUCGCUAUCCUGGUGUCCCAUGCUGCCCCCGGCUUGGUAGCGAGGAUGCAGGUGAUCUGGAUAAAGGCUUCAGGAAACGGACUCAUUCAGCUGGUACUUCCCCAACCAUCUCCCACCAGAAGACACCCUCACAGUCCUCGGUGGCCUCCAUUGAGGAAUAUACUGAGAUGCUCCCCUCGUAUUCCUGCGGUGGUGGCAGUCGGCUCUCCUCCUACCGACAUUCUGCCUUUGUGCCAACUCAUUCUUACCCUGAGGAGUGUCUAGAGAUGCACCACGUGGAGGGCAGCCACCACCAGACCAGUUCUACCCCACACACUGAUGAUGGCUACAUGCCCAUGUUGCCGGGGGUGGCCCCUGUCCCUAAUGGUGGUACUGCUCCCAAAGGUGGUGAUUAUAUGCCCAUGAGCCCCAAGAGUGUAUCUGCCCCACAGCAGAUCAUCAACCCUGGGAGAGGUGGCCGUCAUGUACAGGCCAUGGUGGACUCCAAUGGCUACAUGAUGAUGUCUCCAAGUGGGAGUUGUUCUCCGGACAGUGGUCCCACUGGCUACAGCAAGCUAUGGAUGAAUGGGACACGACACCAUCCCAAGUUAUCCAUGGAGAGUAAUGAGGGAAAGUUGCCAAGUGGGGGCAGCGAUUACAUCAAUAUGUCUCCAGCCAGUGGGUCUGCUACCAGCACUCCUCCAGAUUGCUACUUCACCAGCUCAGGACCUCCAGGCCCAGAAGAACCAUCCAUGCAAGGCCCCGCUCAGUCCCACCACAAACCCAUCUACUCUUAUUUCUCUCUCCCACGCUCCUUCAAACAUGUGCAGCGCAGGACAGGCGAAGAGGGCGGCACCCAGAUGCGCAUGUCUCUCAGCUCCGGCCGCUUACUGUAUGCUGCUGCUGCUGAGGACUCUUCCUCUUCCACUAGUAGCGAUAGCCUUGGUGGCCCUGCAGGUCAGGAGGGUGGUGGGUUUUCUGUUCCUCCCCAAACACAGCCUUUGCAGCCUGCUGCUUCUUGUACUGCGGACAUGGCUGUGCGGACCAAGAGCCGCCUGGCCAGACCCACCCGUCUGUCUUUGGACGGCCCUAAGGCCAGCACGUUGCCUCGUGCUCGGGAGCAGCUCCCGGAGCCCAAAAGCCCUGGUGAGUAUGUGAACAUUGAAUUCAAGCAGCCGGCCUUUCCAUCACUGUCAUCCCAUGGAGAUGCUGGAUCCAGUUCAGAGGAGUAUAUGAAUAUGGAUUGGGGAGCUGCCUGCCCCUCCAGCUUGGCAUCCGGGCAGUCAGGUCGGGGCGGGGCAGUUCCCACUGGUGGCCGAGACUACAUGAGCAUGCAGGUGGGCAGUGGGGGGCAGUAUAUAGUGUGUGCCCAUACCCCCUCACCUUCCCCUCCGGCCCUUUUGCUCAGCUAUGCCGAUAUGAGGAUGGGCCGUGGUAGGCCAGAGAAAAGCCCACCUGCUGUGGGGCUACCUUCCCCACGUCCCCAGACUCAACCAGGUGAGCUGGCCGCAGCCUUGCCCCACCCCUGCUCCUCAUCCAUGGUGGGGGGCCUAGGGAUGAGCAGCACCUUCUCCCACGUCAGCCCCAGCCGCAGCAGCCAGAGUGCCAAAGUGAUCCGCGCUGACCCGCAGGGAGGUCGGCGGCGUCACAGUUCGGAGACAUUUGCUUCCUCUACCACCCCUAGUGGUGGCCUUGGUGCCUCAGCCCUGCCCCACGGACCAGGAGGAGGUCCUGACGAGGCAAAACGCCACAGCUCAGCCUCCUUUGAAAACGUCUGGCUCAAGCCCGGGGACCUGGGGGCCUCCUUCGGCCUUGGCACGGCCAUCAGGAGUGAGCCGGCUGCGGGUGGGACUGGAGGAGGCGGCGUCGAGAAUGGGCUCAAUUACAUCGACUUGGACUUAGUGAAGGAUUUUAAUCAGCGCCAGCAUCACCACCCCCACCCUCAGGAGAGCACUUCUCUGCUAGGGGGCAAGCAGACGACGCAGCAGCAUCAGCCACCUAAAUCUCCUAAUCAGCCUUGUGGGAGUAGCCACUUGAGUGAUGAAUUAAGUGCAUAUGCCAGCAUCAGCUUCCACAAGCGGGAGGACAGUAGCUGAGCAGGAGCCAGAGACAAGAACAACGACCUCUAUGACCUCAGAAAAAUCCUUCUUUGAACUCAUGGGUAUCCAGACUCUGUUUUGUGUAUCACAACUAGGACCUCGCAUCUUCUUCCUCAGUAGAUGGGUAUGAUGCAUCCAGUUCAAUUUGUUUACUUUACACAAACCUCAGGACUUAGUUGACUGAACUGCACAUUUUUCUUGUGUGUGCCAAGCAAAAGCACUGUGACACCUGGACAACAAGCCUGCAAUUAUUUCCUCCUCUACCAUAAAGACUUAGCUGGCUACAAUGAACUCAUGUGCCCACCACUGUAAUAUGGUGAGAAUGGGUAUAUUACUAGCACAUUGACAUUAAGACAUGAAAUUUAAUUUGCUGCUGAAAAACCUGUAUGACAAAUCAUCAGUGUAAAUUAUUACAUCCAAACUGUUAAUGUUGGUUGAAGAGUAUUAAAUAUUUAACAUAGGGUUUUUUUGAUUUAUACAUGUACUUUUUUAAUUAAAAAUGUAACUUUUUCCUACAGCACAUCUUUUUUUGAUGUGGAACUGAGGUAUACUAUAUUCUGUUGUAAACAGAGUGGGGCUGGGGUGGGGGAAACUGCUUAAAUCAAGAUGAUUAACAAUAGAGUAGAGUACUGUUCUUUUAAAGAUUAUAAUUCAGAAUAUAAUAUAAUAUGAAUCAGUGGCCCAUGGAUCUGGAUUGUACAGUCAUAUUUACUGAUGUCAUCAUUUGUAAAAUAACCCUGAGGUUGAGCUGAGUUCUUUCAAAAAGAAAAAGAAUCAUAUUUUUUACUCUACCUGUAAAACAUUAGGCUGUAUUCAUGAAAAGUCAAUUUUUUACUGUGCAUGAUACUUACAAGUGUGAAUUCGAAACUGUUGGUUGCACAGGAACUUACAAAACAUCAGAAAAAUAAAUCAAAGUCUUCCAUUGUAUAUAUUGUAAGAAGAAGGAAAGUAAAGCAAACAAAACGUGGGUGAACUUUUCAAAUUAAAAUAU